AGGUUUUCAAAUAAUUUGCUGUAUUCCUUCCAUGCCACAGUUAUUCUGAAAAACAGUAUAGUUUCAGCGCUGCUGGCAACUUUCAUUUAAAAUAGCUGAGUCCCGAAUGUCAGAGAGCUUCCGUGAUAUUGUAAUCUACGGUCUAGAAAGAACACAUUUCAAACUGUUUUACAGAUCCUCUAAUUAGUGAGAUGGUUUUGUGGCUAAAACACAACACGGAGCCAUGGAGUGAGGUGAUGGAAAGAUUUAAGAAGGCUCAUGCGAUCAGAAGGGAUUGCGAUAGAAAAACAGUGAAACAAUUUCUACAAGACUGGCCUAUUUUUCAAUAUCUCCGGGGAGAAGUUUUGGUUCCCGGAGACAUUAACACUAUUGUUGCUUAAAAGAAAGCGAGGCUGCAGAAGGAAAAGCUACAGUUCAGCCUUAUUUAAUAGUGGUAGGACCAGAUAUAUCGAACAUAGAAACCAAUUAUAUUGUUACUGACGAUAACAUAUAUAUGUAUACUCUGAUACAAAAAUCAGUUAAUAAGAUCAAUCUACCUACAGACAAAAUUAUUCCGGAUAUUUAUGUGAGUCCAUUACGUGCGUUGCACCAUUGACGUUGCUUAAUGUAAUGUGAUAUUUGUAUGACAAUAAAUAUGUUAAAUACAUAAAA